CCACCCCCCAACAACCGUCGACCAUGGACGAGAACUUCAUGAACUACAGCGUGAUCUUCGACAUCGAGCGCGGAUUCGACUUCGCCGAGGCGAAGGACUGGACGCGCGAGCGCCUCCCGCUCACCGUCUACUCUUCCCUCGUCUACGUCGUCGCCAUCUUUGCCAUCCAGUCGUACAUGAAGUCUCGGCCGCCGUUCGAGCUCCGCGCUCCGCUUGCCACCUGGAACUUCCUCCUCGCAGCGUUCAGCCUCUGUGGGGUCCUGAGAACUGUUCCCGAACUCGUGCACGCGUUCUCGACGUACGGCUACGCGUACACGGUGUGCAACAACGCCAUCGGGCACGGCAUCACUGGCUUCUGGACGUUCCUGUUCGUCGUAUCAAAGCUGGUGGAGCUCGGCGACACGCUCUUCAUCGUGCUGCGCCGCGGGCGCCUCAUCUUCCUGCACUGGUACCACCACAUCACCGUUCUGAUGUACGCGUUCUACUGCUACGCGGACGGCACCGCCGCCGCGCGCUGGUUCGUCUGCUGCAACUACUCGGUGCAUACGAUCAUGUACACGUACUACGGCCUCGUCGCGAUUCGCAUACGACCGCCGAGGUGGGUGAGCAUGGCGAUCACGGCGAUGCAGCUGUCGCAGAUGUUCGUCUGUUUCGGCGCGUCCCUAUAUCAGUACCACCUCAUCACCAACAAGGGCGUCCCGUGCGACGGCACGCACAAGAGUCUCUACGCGGGGUUCGCAAUGUUCGGCACUUACAUCGCCAUCUUUGGAAACUUCUUCUACGAACGCUACUUCCGGGAGCCGUCGCUCAAGGCCAGGAAGCUGCAGUAACCCUGGCAACGGGAUGAUUCGGAAGCGCGGCGUCAGAGAAAGGUCGUCGCCGGCGGAGGGAAAGGUCGUCGCCGACGGAGGGAAAGGUCGUCGCCGACGGAGGGAAAGGUCGUCGCCGGUGGAGGGAAAGGUCGUCGCAGGUGGAGGGAAAGGACAUUUGGGCAUGACCUUUCCUUUAAUUAUUUCAGGACAUUUCCUUUAAAGGGACAGUAGCCUCUAGGAUUUUACUGCAUACAACUGUACUUACUGUAUAACAAAUCGUCUAU